GAACGCCAGUGCCAUAUGGCGUCAUAUUUUAUCAGACGAAAUAGUGUCAUAUGGCGUGAUAUUUUACGAGACGAAAUUAUAUUGAAACCAGUAAUGCGCAUUACUUUGUUAUCGGGACAUAUAUAGAGGACAAUAAUUGCUAACAAUUUAAAAUUCUGCGAUGUCGCGGCAAUUUCUCAGCGCGUUAUUUAUUGUAGUAUGGAUAUCAGUACCUCCAUCGAAGUGCGAUUUCCAAUGUGUCUGUAAUUAUAAUAUCGAAACUGCGGUCUUUGCAAACCCAGGUGAGAUAGGCUCCCCCUUUGGAUAUAUGUAUGAAUUCGACUGUAAGCCGGAAGCGUUAUCGCAUAUAGCAUCAACCGGACACUUCUCAGUGCAGUUUGAAGGAAAGUUAGGCUACAUUGCCAAGGACUCAGAUCGCGUUCAAAUACAAACAUGCCCGGGAAAUCCUUCCUCAACUGAUAUUAUCCCAACGACAACCAGCAAACCUGAUGGGCAUUCGACUCCUUCAACUCAUGUCACAGCUCAGCAAGAGAAAACAACUACAACAACAACGUCGAUGCCAUCAAGUACAAGUACACGUUCAAUUCCGUCAAGUACAACAACAACAACAACGUCAAUGCCGUCAAGUACAACUAAAACAACAACGUCAACACCGUCAAGUACAACUACAACAACAAUGCCGUCAAGUACAACUACAACAACUACGCAAAUGUUGUCAAUUUCGACUGCAACAACAACCUUAAGAACGACGACAAUGGGUGAAACUACAACACCGUUUCUUUACUGGACAAUGGCUGCGAAUGUUUCUGGGACCCCGCUGCAGUAUGUUGGAGUAGGUUACAACGUAUUGACUGGUAACCCACUAUCUACGCGUGAUCCUGGGUUACUACUGAACAAAAGAAUACUUCAGCUAACAGGAAGUCCGUCCAACGUUAGAGAAGCAAGUGUCACCCUCAGCCAGCAGUGCGCAUCCACAAUUACGCACACGCUUGUGCACGGAUCUCUAUCGUUGCAAGAGGAAAUGAAACGCUUGGUUAAACUGUCUGAUUCUCACGGAAGCGUACUGAAGGAUUAUGGUUUUACAAUGUCUUCCGAUUUUAGUAGUCAAAGGAGAUUUCUAGACGCCGGUCAGUCUUUGUACCACGAUACUCUGACCACUUGUGCAAUUGGAAGCGUCCGUUACUUUGGAAACAGCGCACGUCCAAAUGGGAAUUUCACAGUCUCGCACGAAUUUGCUAAAGCUGUAUGCAAAUUACCAAUUGAAAAUCGUUCUACUGAGGCAUUUAUGACGUUCUUUGAUGAAUGGGGAACAAGCGUUGUGAUGGCAGCUGAUCUUGGCUCGAUAUCGCUAUCUAGGACGACGGAAACAUUACCCGAGGUGUUUAAACGAAUAUCGACAUGGGAUCCAAGUCUACUGUUACACGGCGGUCGAAUGGGUAGCUUUUCAUCCUCUUGGACAAUUGAUGCCACGAGCUAUAGGUCUAACAGCAGACCCAUUCACAGCCAAGUGCCGCAAAAUGUUGUCAUGAAAGUCGGUUCUACUUUCGAUCCCGUGGCUGUUUCUCUAAACAUCGUUUCUAUUUCGGAUAUCAUCAAACCCGAAUAUUUCCGAGCAAUUCUGUGGUCACUUAUCGAAGAACGCUCUUGUCCAGAUAAUGUCGACGCCAGCUAUUUAGAACAACUUUCACAAAUAGUAGCAAAUAUGACGACGUUAUACACUACACAUACAACUAAAAACAACAGUCCAGCAGUGACAGAUUAUCCUCUCCAAGUACCAGUGACAUGGCCGCACGGUACGUACGGGUUAAUGAAGACCGCCUCUGGCACAGGAUGUCCUGCAGCUGGAGCCACAUGGAACACGGGCUUGCGGUACCAGGAUACAGAGGACAGUGAUGCUAACAGUCAGUUUACGUCUGGUAUUGGAACAUAUAUGGCAGGGUCCUUUGAUAGAAGUCACAUCCAGACAGAGUUUUGCAUGAAGGUCCACCCAGAGGGCACGCCUUACGACGUCGAAUGGCCAGCGGGUGCAUACUGCAUAUUAAAGAAAAACUCGUGUCCAUUGGGCUUCAAUGAGGGUUCUAUAUUUUGGGAUGACGAAUAUUUCGACAACCACAACCAUGCUGGUGGUUAUCUUCCUGAUGGAAGCUAUGGGUCGUCUACGAGAAUCUACUACUGUUGUCGGAAUGACGGUGCCACAAGUACUCCUAUUACCCUUCCUAUCGAUCAUCCGUUCAUUCUGAUACGCUACGGAACAUCAUGUCAGGCCGUGAAUGGAAUGAAUCUUCAAAACAUCUUCAUUCGCUGGUACGAUGACGACCUUAGCAAUGAUGACAGCGCCAGCGGCAUGCAUCCAUAUGACGAUGGCGGCAGCAAGGACCACAGGCUUUACUUCUGUUACUAUGACGCCGGCCGUGGAACAUCCAUUAUUGGAUAGUCAAAUAUGCCGAUGAGACAGACAUAAUAACAAUAUCAAUUGAUUUAUGUAAAUUCCAUGAAUUUUGCCGAAAAUACAAGCAUAUAUUCCUAAAAAUAGUAACAACGUAUUAAUUAAAUUUAAGAAAAAUAAA